CAUGUGUUUGUAUGGAGUGUUGGAUGUGUUGUACGGAAAACACACAAAACAUGCAAAACAUUGCAUAAGACGUUGAGUGCAUUGAAUGCGAGCCUUAAUUACAUAACAAUUAAUGAAUUAAUAAAUCAAACGAUUAGUGGACAACACGUGCGGACACAGACACAGACAAUGUCGCGACAAAAGGUGGACACGAGUGUCAAACAGGAGGACGUCAUACAAGCGGUGAUCAUCGCCGACAGCUUCACCGCCCGAUUCGCACCCAUCACUCACUUCAAGCCACGGGUUCUGCUACCAUUAGUGAAUCGACCGCUUCUUGAGUACACUCUCGAGUUCUUGAGUAACGCCGGAAUAGACGAGACAUUUAUUUUUAGUUGUUCCCAUUGGCAGCAAAUCAAACAAUUCGUGAGCGAAUCCCAAUUCAGUUCAGACAACAGCUCGAUGUCUGUGAAGGUCUUCGCCGCCGAGUCCUUCCAGUCGAUGGGCGACGCGUUACGCGAAUUGGACGCAAAGGCUGUCAUUAAAUCCGAUUUCAUUCUAAUUAAUGGCGAUUCUGUGGGUAAUCUGCCGCUGAAGGAGAUCAGAGCUCAGCACAAAAACAAUCGGUUGAAAGACAAGGGAUGUGUUAUGACGACUGUCUUCAGGCGCGCCAAACCUCACCAUAGGAUCAGAUCCAUGGAAGACGAGUUCGUCACUCUUGUCGACUCAGACACGCAAAAGAUCUUACAUUUCGAGAGAGUUUUGAAUAAUAGGAGACUUCAGAUACCAUUGUGUAAAUUUCAAGACAAUCCAAGCGUUGACAUCCACCACGACCUCCAAGACACUCAUAUCAGCAUCUGUUCCAUCAAUGUUCCGCCACUUUUUACCGAUAAUUUCGAUUACGAGACCAGAGAUCACUUCAUCGAUGCACCGGUACUAAUCUCUGCGUGUUAUUUGGAUCAGUUAUUAGGGAAUUCAAUAUACGCACACGUGGUGGACACGGGCUACUGUGCCCGAGUGAACAACAUUACCAGUUAUGACCGCAUCAGUAAAGACAUAUUACAGCGCUUUACACACCCGACUGUCCCUGAGAUGCAGAUCAUGUGCUCCUAUCAAAGGCAUAACAUUUAUAAGAAAAAUGGUGUUCAUCUGGAAGUAGACACAAAGAUUAAGGAGAACGUGGCCAUCGGAACCGAUACAUCGUUUGGCAGCAAAUCGUAUAUCACGAACAGCACCGUUGGGUCCAACUGUCGGAUCGGCAAAAAUGUUAGGAUAGAAGACAGUUAUAUAUGGGAUAAUGUGGUCAUUGAAGACAAUUGUGUACUCAAUCAGUGCAUUAUUGCAGACAACGUGCACUUAAAGCCAAAUGUGACCAUAAGUGGCGGUUCCCUUAUAUCAUAUAACGUGGUGUUGGGACCAAAUGUUUCGCUCAAGAAGUUUGUUCACAUUAUUUACGACCCGAACGAACAAAACGAUAAUUUCGACACAAGUGUUGUCGGAAAGGAAGGCAAAGGAGUUGUUUAUGUGGAGGACAGAGACGACGACUCCGAGGAGGAGGAGGACGUCAUCCAAGAGAUAUGGGGUGAGAGUGAGGAUGAGAACGAUGAGGACGACGACAAGUUGACCACAAGUACCACAUUCUCGGAUAACUCGUCAGAUGAGGACCGCAUCGACAACGAUAUGAUCGACGAUACAAGAGUGUUUUACGACGAAGUGGUCGACAGUUUACAGCGGGGUAUAAAAGAGAGGGUCGUCUGCGAUAACCUCAUACUCGAGAUAAACUCAUCGAAACAUGCCUAUAAUGUCCCGAUGAAGGACUUGAAUUUCUUGGUGAUUAAAGCCAUACUUGAUUUGCCUAACAGUGCUGUUAAUCCCAGCGCAUACUUCGCGCAAUUAAAGCCUUCUUUAGACCAUUUGUUGCCUUUAAUCAGAAAUUAUAUUAAAAGCAAAGAAUCGCAAAAUGAUUGCAUCGAAGCCAUAGAGGAUUACUGUCUGAAGGAUUGCCAGCGAAUCACUCCAAUAAUGUUUGUGAAACUCAUUAACUAUUUGUACGACAAUGAAGUGCUCAGAGAGGAUGUUAUCCUCGAGUGGCACACAAAUGCCAAACCGUUGCCUGAGUUAGAUCUCGAGGAACAGGAGUCGUUGAGGUCUCACAAAGCCAUUCAGGGAUUCAUUCAAUGGCUGACCGAAGCUGAAGAGGAGUCGUCCAGUGAUGAUGAAGAAUGAGCUUUGUUUGACUAUUGGGUCGC